CAUUUCUCUCCAAACUGGAAGGUGGAGCAGUACGGUGAGUUCUCAUAGCUGCAGCUGCUGCCACCAGAGUCAGCACAGAACCAAGGUUCCCGUCACCAGCUCCAACCAGACCAGCAUCAUGAGUGAGUCAGCUGAGGCUCUGGCCGCCAACCUGACGAGCCGGAGAAACAUCACCAUCGAGAUCACCAACCUCACCAACCAGUACUGCCUGCUGGACCCCAAGGUUUUCCUGGAGAACGGCAACUGCCACGCCCCACCACAGCCCACUGUGCGCCCCCUGAAGACCGAAGUGUGCAACUUCUCCAAGAGUGGUGGCAAGGCCUCAGGUGCAGUGGGAGUCUUGACCUAUGACCUCUUUUGGAGAAACAGUAACAACGCUAAAGAGAAGUUGGCCAUCAUGUUCUCCGUGCCUUACGACUACAACAUGUACAAGAACUGGUUCGCGAUUGGAAUCUUCCCUCAGAGCAAAGAGUGCAACGAGGACCUGUACAAGAACAUGUACUACGACAAGGAGCAGAACGGGUUCAAACGGUUGGAGGCCAACGGCUGUGACCUGACCUUUGAGGGAAAAACCCUGGACAUCAAGGCCACCAUGUCUCCGUUGGGCAGGUCCAUCAUGAAGGUGGAGGUGUGGGAGAAGAUCUUCUCACCCCCCAUGAACCAGACGUAUUAGUGAGUGUGUGCUGGAUGAGCUCCAUUAGUUCCUGGUACUGUUCUGUAAAACAACUGUUGGCUCAAUAAAAAGCAUCUGAUUGAACGUCACACCAGUGUCUGAUGAUCAAUGACAACAAAUAAACAUGAAAAGGAAGUUAGAUGAGGAAAAACCUCCAGUAAGAUGAGUUCAAAGUCAUCAAGUAAAAUAUAUAUACAUAAUUUAAAAUAUAUAUACAAUACAUAUGACAUAUAUGUAUAUAUAUAAAUAUGACAUAUAUAUGUUAACACCAACAUUAAUGUUCAGUUAUGAUAAACAUUAAUAUUGUGUAGUUAAUUUAGUUUGUGAAAAAACACAGUACCAUUUUAACACUUGUUAAAGAAAUACUAUAAGACGAUGAUUAAGGACGUUGGCAAAAAAAAAAAAAAAAA